CCCCGGAACAAUAUAUAAGGUUUCUCUUGUGACAAAAGUUAAACUAAGAGGAGAAGCUAUGUACAUUUUCCUCCUUUUCUCUUCUGCAGAAGUAUAAAAAUAUGAGGGGGCAGCUCCGGAACAAGAAAGUGUUUUAAUAUUGUUCACAUCCACCGCCUCUGUGCCCUCUUAAAAAUCUCACCUCCAUCCCCUCCACAGCUCCAGUCCCUUCCUCUGCCCCUCACCGUCUCCCUCUGCUACCCCCUCUCUCUCUCUCUCAAUAUGAGUAAGCAAGAUGUCGUGAAGGCUCAGAGCUGUGUGCUGAGAGUGAACAUCCAUUGUGAUGGGUGUAAGAAGAAGGUGAAGAAGCUGCUCCAGAAAAUUGAAGGAGUGUAUACUGUUGCCAUAGAUUUUGAGCAAGGGAAGGUGACGGUUACGGGCAUCGCAGACCCAAACAGGCUCAUCGAGAAGCUCGAGAAGUCGGGGAAGCACGCUGAGCUAUGGGGCCCUUCGAAGGGUUUGGGAAACCAGAACAACUUCGGGUUCAACAACCAGUUCAAGAAUGUCCAAUUCGACAAUGGCAAGUUUGGGAAAUUGGACAACAAGGGUCAGAACAAUGGUGGGAACAAAGGCGGACACCAGAUCCAGCUACAGCAGCUACAGCAGCUGCAGCUGCAGCAGCAGCAGCUCCAGCUGCAGCAGCAGCAACAGCUUAUGAAGGGGCUCAAGGAUACGAAGAUGGCCCAGAAUAAGGAGCAGAAGACUGUUAAAUUUAGCUUGCCCAAAGAGGAUGAGUUUGACGGGAGUGGGGAUGAUUUUGAUGAUGAGUUCGGGGAUGACGAUGAGUUUCUUGGUGAUGAGUUCGAUGAUGAGUUUGACCAUGGCCAUCAUCAGAAGCCAUCCAAGCAGUCGGCUGUCGGGGGUGGCCAUGGGCAGAAGGGUAAUAAGGGGAAGGGGAACGAGAAGAUGGGUGCUGGUGGAGCAAAGAAAGGGAGUUUCCUCAAUAAUAUAUCGUUUCUGAUGAAGGGGCUCGGGAUGAAGAGCAAGGGGAAGCACAGCAACGGAGGGAAGAAGAAUGGCAGCGGCGGCGGGGGUGGAAAGAACAAGGGAAGUCAAGAUGAUUUUGAUGGAGGCAAAAAUGGUGGUGUGCUUGCGAAUUUUGGCAAGAAUGGCAAUUUUGGUGAAGUGGCUGGAAAGAAGAAAGGAGGGAAUGGCAAUGGCAACGGAGGAGGUGGAGGUGGGAACAAUAAUGGCCAUGGUGGUGCUAAAAAGGGUGGAGGAAAGAACCAUGAUGGGGCCCAAGCGAACAACAAAGCUCAAGUCAGCUUCAAUGGAAUGGAUAAUCAUCAUGCCAAUGGCUACCAAAAAGGCGGUGGCGGUGGCGGUGGAGGUGCCGGCGGAGGUUUCAUGAGCCAGAUGGGCCCGAUGGGCCAAAUGGGAAGUUACCCAAUGGGCCAAAUGGGCGGUAUGCCGGCGGUUCAGGGGCUGCCAGCGAUGAAUGGCGGGUACUAUCAGAACCCGUAUCAGCAGCAAUACAUGGGCAUGAUGAUGAACCAGCACCAGCAGCACCACGGCCAUGGGAAUGAGAUGUACCAGCCCAUGAUGUAUGCUCGGCCACCUUAUCCGGGGGGAUAUGUUCCCCCGAUGCCGCCUCCGGCCUCGGAUCCUUACGUCCACAUGUUCAGCGAUGAGAGCACAGACAGCUGCACUGUCAUGUAAAGAAAAUAGGAGGAGAGAGAGUAGUUGGGUGUCGAGGGUCUUUUUGUUUUCAAUUUUGUGGGCUGGAGUUUUUCUGCUUAAGCUUUGAACUUAGGAAGGAUGCAAAGGUGAUUUAGAGAAGUUUAUAGAAGUAGUAUUAUAUAUAAGCCUAAAUGAUCUCAAUGUUUACUUGAGAAUUGGUUUUCUUUUAAUCUCACUCUUCUUUACUUGUUUUUCUUAA